AUGAGUAAUUCAUUUUCAAUCUCCUUACCAGUUGAUGGAAGCACCGUCCAAGGCACCUUCGUUUAUUACCCAAACAAAAUGAAGCCCAAGAUGUGGAUAGGGAACUACAAUAUUUUGAAUCCAGAAGAUAUCCUUUGCAAAAAUGUGGCUGAGAAAAUUGGGAUGACUGAAGCUGAGUGGAAAAACUACGUCCAGGCGAGAAGGAACGAACAGGAGCAACCUAGCAAUGUCCAAAUCAUCCCCAACUUUGAUUCUUCGCCAGGAAAACACUCUAUGUCUUUAAAAGAAAUGAUGAAGGGAGGCACUGUCGCACCUUUUUAUAGCGAGGAUGGAGAGCUUCCAUCAUACGGUGGAGCCCCAUUUCUUGCCACUGACCCAUUUCGUGCUCAUGAAAAAAAAUAUAAAAAACAAAAUUAUCAGGACAUUGACCAACAAUCCCAAAGUAACAGUUGCACUAUUAAAGAUACCGGAGCUGACGACGAUAUAUAUGACGACAUGAAUAGCACAAAGGAAGACGAAGCGGGGCUUUUCUACAGAGUGGACAACGUAGCGACGGUAGAACAAACACAUGUCCUGAGCAAACAGAAAAGGGGUGACUACACUGGGGAAGAAAAACACGAACAGGAAAGACAAAAAUAUAUACAAAAAUUAAACAACGAAAUUACUAACAUAAAUGCACACCAAGAAAGAAUAAUUAAUCAGAAGCGAAAAGAUCUGCUCGCUUACUCAAAGUCCAACUCAAGUCAACUGCCCCCGCCACAGAAUAAUAGCGGAUCCUUUGGAACGAAAAAUAUACCACGUUCAACAAAACAGGAUAUGAAAAAUAUAAUCACUGAACUUAUAAAUGAUAACAAUAAAACGGUUACUUCGAAAAUGUAUUCCUUAAGAACGAACAAAAAGGAAGGCUAUGCCGAUUUGUCGUCCAUGAGUACGAAGGGAAGUCUGGACAUGAAGACAUUCUCUAUUGAUAAGGACAACUCAUUGAGUAAGAGGGUACACGUAAAGAGGACCUUGGUGAAGUGA